GUACGAAAGAAGUUGAUGUUGGAUUUUUGUUUGGUGUUGUUCCAGGAAACGUCCGAUUCGCCACACGUAGCCGUUGCUGGCGGCCUCUCGGUUAGUGCUGGCGGUGGCGGCGGCAAUGUCGCUUGCUCCACCUCGGCCGCUGCUGCUGCCGCAGCCAUUGCUGCGUCGGCCGCUUCUACCUCCCACAAUCUUGACCAAUCGCAAACACCGCCGCCCCUCUAUACCUGCAUCUAUUGCGGCCACACAUUCCAGCACCAAAGUAAGCUAACGCGUCACAUACUCUCGCAUUCGCUAAAAACGCUGGAGUAUCGCGAACCCGCACAGCAUCCGCUGCUGCAUCCGCACUUGCUGUCGCACGACCUCAAUUUGACGCAGUUGCCACAAUUUACCACGUACCAAAUGAACGCAUUGGCCGCCAGCGGCGCUGAUACUCAGGAACAACAUGCUGCGGCCGCUGUCAUGGCCGCGGCUAUGGAAUUGGCAGCCUCAUGCGGUGGAGUUGGUGCGCGUGGCGCACUCGAUCUCGACGGUGGCGGCGGCGGCGGCAGCGGCGGUGGACGACUGGGGCAUGGCGGUUCGGCAUCCGGCAAUAGCGGUAUUGGUGGCUCGUCAGCGGGUAGUGGCGGUAUGGUAUUGAGCGGCGCUGGUUCGUCGUCGUCCUCUUCGACAUCGGCAGCGGCGGCGGUCGCGGCAGCAGCUGCGCUGGCUGCUUCGUCGUCGACAUCGGGCUCGCUGCUGGGCGCCUCAUCGAGUGGCGCCGAUCCAAAUGGUGUGGUGCUGUGUAAAUUUUGUGGCAAAAGUUUUCCCGAUGUCCAUGUGUUAAUCGGUCAUCUGCCGGUGCAUACGGGCGAACGGCCGUUUAAAUGUGAGUUCUGUGGCAAGGCGUUCAAGCUGCGCCAUCAUAUGAAAGACCAUUGUCGCGUCCACACGGGUGAACGACCCUUCCGCUGUCACAUGUGCGGGAAGACCUUCUCACGCUCAACCAUACUCAAGGCGCACGAGAAAACCCAUUUUCCCAAGUAUGUGCGCAAAUUUCUCUCACCAAGCCCUGUCGACACAAAGGAUGAACUACCACAAUAGUGAAGCGACUUUAGUUUGCUACUAAACUACUACUAUUAUUAUUACUACUACAACUACAACAUACAGGAUAAUAAUAAUUAUAAUUACUACAACUGACGAUGAGCGAUCGUGAUCUACAUGCAUACAUAGCACGUAGAGACGGACAUUUGAAGUGGUCCGCACAUGUAAGAUCAUGAUCAAGACAACACGAAAUACAUAGAUACAAGAGAUAAAGAGGAGGAAGGUGAAAGGUGAAAAAGCACCGACUUUGCUGAAACAUACAUACAUAUACAUGAAGUAAUCGAUGACAAACUUCGACGACAAAGUGAAUUUUGUGGCUGAGCGCCGAGCGAGCGCGCGGGUCACUUAAUAAUUUAUUUAAAGAAUACAAACAACUAGUAAAAACUAAAAGUCUGCCUGAGCAUACAAAACAGCAGCAAUUAUAUACUUAUCUUAUACAUAUUUGUAACGAUACAUACAUACAAUACAUAUAUACAAGCAAAAAAUAAGUGGAGUAAACAAGUUAAGAAAGAGAGAGAGAGAUAGUGUGUGUUACAUAUUAGAAAGAGACAACAAGCUGUGUAGAAACACACAACAAAAACACACUUAACGUUAUAUACACAUACAUACAUACAUAUAUAUAUUUGACAGUUAGUAAGUGUUGCAAGCGUGAAGUGAAAGCUGAAGUUACAAGUAAAUAAGUAAACAAUUGUCAUUAUAUACAUACACACAAGUAUAUAUAUACAUAAAAAACUACAUAUAUAUAUACAUAUAAUAUAUAUACAUGCAUAUAUAUAUAUAUUUAAAAUAGUUGUAAAAAUUAAUAAUAAUAAUAAUAUUAUGUAAACGCCAGAAACAAGCAACAAGCGAAUAGUGAGCGGCAGUGUGUAGAAAUCUUAGGUUAGGAGCGAAGCUAAAAACAAAACGCUAAGCGUAAAUGCAAAAUUUUAAUUGCAUUUUUUUUACAAAUAGGAUUUUGUGUACAGCGUGUGUUGAGUCGGUGAAUUAGUUAUGACACUAAGUGAAGUAAAAGAGCGAACAUUAUAGUUUGCUUCAAGCAGGAGAGAGGGAGAGAGUGAGCAAGCUGUCCCGUUUGCGCUCAAUUAAAUACAUACUAACAUAGAGAAUGUUUGAGAGUGUAACAGAGAUAGUGAGUCCUAAUUGCUGCAAAUGUAGGAGAGUUGCAAAUGAAACAGAGAGAGAGAAAGAGCGCUUUUACAGACAGACAGAUAGACAGACAUACAAUAUACAAGUCAUAUUAUUUUUUUCUAAUUAGUAAUAUGUUUUUAUUAAAAAUAAAUUUAAAAUUUAAGUGAAAGCAAGAGUAGUUCUAAGAAAGUUAGAGAGUAGAGAGCAGUUGACAGUUAAAGAAAAAAAUGAAAGAGACAAACAUAGCGAGAGAGAGAGAGUGACAUAUAACAAGUGACAAAUGUUGCUAUAAACUUGUUGCUAUAAAAGUCCAUGCAACAUGUUGCAUGUCAACCGUGCAACAUGCACUUUUUUACACAACAAGAAGCGGCAGUGUUGAGAAUUUUUCAAGCAAGUUAUUUUGGUGUUACUUAUGCUUUCAUUGUACAGUUAAUUAAUUGUGUAUUAUAUGGUUUUUGUUACAUAAUACAAUAUAUGAAAAAAUAUACAGACGGACACACAAGCAUACAUAUACAACAAUAUGUAUGUAUGUAGUUAAUAUUAAUUUUUUUCACAAUUAAACAUUUUUAGCUGCAACGCAACACACAGCGUUUGCAAGAUCUCAUGUGAUCCGUUAUUUUUUUUAUAUACAUAGACAACUAUAACAAACCAACAAAUAUAUGUACAUGCAUACAAGCAUACAGGCGACAGUGUGUAAAAUAUAUAACCCCUUAAGCCCAACAGUAAAUAUUAGUGUUACAUAGCAAUUUUCCUGAAAAGUCAAGGUUGUUUAUGCGCAUGCGCGUACUCUUUUUAUUACUCCGAAAUAAUAUUUCAGUUUGAAAGCUCGCAAGUUCUCAAUUAAUAGGAGUUGCAAUUACCGUUUUUUGUUAGAUUUUUCCAUUAUCAGAUUUCUUUUAAGAACAGUUAUAGUCAAUAUACAUGCAUAUAUGGAGUUUUAUAAAUGACAUACAUAGUUACGAAAUAUACAUACCACAAACAGUAAUAAAUAUGAUAGACUUUUUUACAACAACAACAUAGUUGAGCAGUAAGAGCUUUUUACAAACAACAAUAAUAACAC